GCAGCCUGAGCCCUGGAGCAGGGCGCUGUGAUUGAUCAGAUUCCUGGGAUCGGGUCGCCACGCCCCGUGCCUGUCCACCCGGUCUCCCCGCUAGGGUUCCUGGGCAAGGCAAGGACUGCACACCUGUGAACCCCUCGGUCGGGACACACCACCCUAGCGAUUUGAAGAAGUUGUGAGAAGUAUCAUGUCUUUGCACUGGAAGAAUCCUCAGGACUCAGAUGCAAUGCCCAAGAUCAUGGUGAAAAUCAUUGGAGGUAAACAUUUUCGAUAUCUUGCGGAGAAGCCGAACAUCAAGGAGAAUGUGAACUUGAAAGAACAAGCAACACCACAGAAACUCAGGACGGCUAAUGUGAAGCAGAUGAGCAGAGAACCCGCAGCUCAGUGGAAUCUCACUGAUCAACAAACCAAUUCCAACCCAAAUUGUGUGGAGGAGAGUACACACCUAGAGGAUAAUGAGAAACUGCAGACAGUGGCACACUGCAGCGGAUUCCUGGAUGGCAAAGUUCCCAGUUGGGAAAAUGUCCAUUGCAGCUCCGUGCCAACUGGAGACCAGUCUCUAUCCUAUGUGCAUGGCCUCCCCAGGAGAAAGCUUAAAGACUUGUCCUUGGAACAGAUGGCAGUAGCUGGCUCUAACCAAUCUGAGGAAAUUGGCCAGAAGCCAAGUGGAAUCUCAAAAGAAGACACAUUUCUUCUUGCCAUGCUCAGAAGAGAACUCAAGUCACACCGUUUGAGCGCCAGCUACUUAGAUAAACUUCAGAAGGAGUUGGAGACCCUGGACCCCACCUCUUCAGGGUUUCUUCUCCAGUCUCAGCUGAGCUGCCUAUUCCUGAGGCAUGAAGUCCCUCUGCAGUUACCAACAGUCAAGAUUCUUUGCCAGAGAUUUUCUAGAAGGGGCUCCCAUGAAAUGGUGAAUUAUGGAAAACUACUCUGGUUUUUAAAAGAUGCAGUUUCCGGUGGUCCACCAGCGAAUCAAGUGGAUGCAGACAACCACAGGUGGACAACUCUGAGCCACAGCAAACACGAGCAAAGUCCUCCACCUCAAGACUCCAGCUCACAGGCAGAGGUGAACCAGGACCUGGUGGAGAUUUUGAAGAUGGCACUAAGGACAGCCAAUGGUAAACUCAACAUGGAGAACCUCAGUCUGAGUUUUCGAAAAGAAGAUCACUCCUUCUCUGGCUGCCUACCCCCACCCAAGAUCAGGGCUCUAUGUGGGAAGCACGGCUUAUAUCUGACCUUGAGCCUUCUGGAAACAUUGCUUACUCGUCAAGAUCUGGGAUACCAAGAUGAAAUAAGAUGGCAGAAAUUUGUGGAGCUGCUAAGCAGAGCCUCUUCUGAUUUACUGUCCGAUUUGCCUACAGGGAAGUAUGAAAAAGAAGCCCCAGCCACUCCAGUGGAGGAUGAAGUCCCUGGGACUGAACAUGUGAAAACUCCAGAAGAGGAGUUGCAGCCAGAAAACCCUCCCGCUGAGAUUCCAGCCCCUGAGGAUCCUCUGAACUCUUGGAAGAUCCAACCAACCUCUCAGCCUUCCACAAGCCCAGCUAUGAAGAAUGAGGCUGAGGAAUGUGAGACGUGGAUCGACAGGUUCAGGAAACUCGAAAACGCUCUCUACUUGUGUGAUCUGAGCAACACAGGAGUCCUGGAGAAGGACCGAGCCAAAUGCCUCAUUCACAACUACAAUCUCAUUUACAACCUGUCCCUGAGCCCUCGGAAAAUCGACCAGGCCUUGCAGAGGUUCCGUUCUGGAGAAAAUAUGCUAUUGGAGCCAGCUUUGCAGUACUUGAAGGAGUUAUGAUAACAAACCCAUAUUGUGAGAACAGAUGUUUCCCUUAUCUAACUUGGAAAUGUGUUUCUCUUCAGCUGAGAGUAGUGGUGGAGGCGCUGUCAAAGCUGAGGUGAUGCAACCGUUGUAGAUGCUUUCAUUUGGACUUGGAUCUUCGCACAAAGUGAUCAGAGAAAACUGGGUUUUCUCUGCUGAUGUCGCAAGAAUCUGAUUACUUAAAAUCCUUUUUAUUCUAAUAAAGCU